CGCGAAAAGCCGUGUCAGAACUGUACUGCGCGCAACGAACAGGACGCUUGCAAGUUCCGGGGUCCCAACAAUGCAUCAACCCCCUUUGCCAAUCGUGAGGGGAAUGCAGAUGCCAUGCGGCAGAGAAUCGAUCACCUGGAGAGCCUUGUAACAAGAAUGAUCACAGAGCGCCAGCAGGGACCUCCGAGUCCCCAUAAGGAGGUGUUGACGCCAGAAAGCCCAAGCUCCAGGGGCGACGCGACAGGGUCGCUCCCCACCGGAACGUCGGAUCUCCCCGACGGGGCCGGGACUACGGUCAUCGACGGUGUCCAUUCGGUGUAUAGGGCAGGAGAGGAUUGGUACGACGUGCUACAAGAGAUCAACGAGCUUAAGAAGGCAUGGAACGACACACAGGAAGACGAGGCUGAUUACAGUGCACGUCCCACUAUGUCACACACCGUUGAUGGGUCGAGUCUGCUGUUCGGACACGUUAAACCGAUCGAACGGAUCGAAAUAUUGGCCACCCUGCCACCGAAGGCCAAGGUGGAUAGCCUGAUCCGCCAUUUCUUUGAUCGUAGUAACUUUCCUAUAUCAGUACCGCCCAUUUUACACGAACCCACUUUCAUGCGAGAGUAUAAUGAUCAUUGGAAAGAUCCUUCCCGUAGCAGUCCUAUCUGGCUGGGGCUUCUGUUCUCUAUCCUAGGUAUAACCAUGCUCGCGUAUCACCAACAUGGAGAACCACCUGAGUACGAUGGAAUUUCGGAAUCGCUCUUCCAGCUCUACCGCAUCCGCACAGCACAAUGCCUGCUCAGUGGCGAUAUCGCGAAGUGCUUACCGUACACGGUUGAAACAUUGCGCUUCAACGCGACGGCCGAACUCAAUCGAAGAGAUGACAACCGUCGUGGUCUGUGGAUCAUGACUGGGGUGGUCGUCCGGGCCGCAAUCAACAUGGGCUAUCACCGGGAUCCCGCCCACUCACCCUCCAUCUCGCCUUUGCAAGCAGAAUGUCGACGUCGUAUCUGGAGCUCUGUGGUAAGCAUGGACGACAUGACCUCUUUUCUUGGAGGGUUCCCUCGUAUGUCAUCCGCAAUAUUCUCGGACGCGCGAGAACCCCGCAAUCUGCAUGACUGGGAGUUGUCGGAAGAUACCGCCGUUCUGCCUCCGUCCAGACCCCUGAUGGAACACACCCAGACCACCUAUCUGAUCGUGAAGGGGCGCCUCUUUCGUGCCCUCGGUCGCGUCGCAGAUCUUAACAGCAACCCGACCCCUGCCUCCUACGAAACAAUCCUGGAGAUCGACCGUACCUUAUAUGAUGCCUAUCAAAACUUUCCGCCGCACAUGAAGGUGGAUAACGUCGAUGAGCAUACCGAUCUACCCAACGGUCUAUCCUUCUGUACCAUUCUCACCCUUGCAGCAAUGUACCACAGGGGAAUGUGCACCCUCCACCGAAAGUUCCUCGCGAAGGGACGACUCCACGGACAAUACAAUUUCUCUCAAGAGCGGUGCACCGCAUCCGCUCUCGCAAUCCUCGAUCAACAGCGCAUGUUGGACCUAGCAUGGUACAAAUCAGCACAGAUCCGACAGAUGUUGACUCUUGCCGCAAUGAUAUUGUUUCUUGAGCUCGAACUCCGACAACGAAUCCCGGACUCGGAUGUAUCUCCUGACAGCGGAACUAUCUUGGUGGCGUUGGAGAAAGCAUGCGCUCUCUGGGAGAAUGCCAGGGAGUCUUGCGAUGAGGCCGAGAGAGUUCAUCAAACCCUUUCUGGGAUGCUUUCCGGUCUUCGCACUGCUUCUGGAGCCGGCUCCUCGCAGACAAUAACGCCGGAGUCACUUGAACUGCCGGGAUUCACCCCGCAAAUCCAACCCUUUGAGGGAGAUCUUUCCUUUGAGGAUAAUUUAGCUAAUAUGGACAUUGACUGGGCUACCUGGGACGCAUUCAUCGACGACAGUAAUUUUGAACAGGGACCCCUGUAUUGAUCGGCACAAUACCCACGAGCGCUAGUUACGAAGGAUAAUUCACUUCGCGAAUCUAAGUCGAAGCUUUGAUUACAAUUCUUUUCAUGUCAGGCUACGUACCUUUUACGACACUUACAGAGACUUGACCUUUUGCCAAAUUUCACCCGACGACUGUAUAAUUGCCCAUAAUUUUGGAUCAAUGUGCCGGGACCUUUGAUCUGUGUGAUUGUGAUACUACCACGGUAGGAUGUCGGGUUGGGAUUGAUUUUUGGCCCGAUUGACGGACAUGGUGACUCGAUUCAUCCUCCCGCUCAGAGAUGUGGUGGAUAUUAUUACUACAGCCUGCAAGCAACAUGACAAUAUUUCUGGGUCGUUUGUCCAAAAGAAAAU